AGCCCCGUGCACCCGUCGCAGGCGUAUUUGAUGGCGAACUACCCGCACUGCAACGACAUGUUCAACAUUUUUCCGCCCUGGGGCAACGGCAUUAUUGGCCCUGAAGGGCGGAAGUCCAUUAUUCCCGAGAUCACGAGCGACGACCUGCCGAUUUCCAUCCACUUCAACUGGAAGGGCCCCCAUGAAGAUUUUCCUGUUUGUUCCAUGGUGGGCGUCUCGAUUGCAGGCUACGCGGAGAUCAAUAUUUAUCUAGAGGCGCAGGAUAAUUCAGGUACGGCACGUCGAAUGCGGGUGAGGCGACGCUAGCUAGCGCGAUGAGGAAGAUGGCGAUGUUGACUGUGCGAAUUAUUCGAUUGCCAACUAUACAGAGUGUCCCGGCUGGGAUGGCGCAUCGCUCACGGCUUGCUUUGGCAACGGCGAGUGCGGAUGCGCUGCAAAUGAUAUGAGCCCGCGUACCUGCACAUGCGUGUACGACGAAUGCACCAGCGUAUUUACAAUAUGUUGGUGGAUAGCGACUAACUUUUUUUCUGCUUUGGUGAAUGGCUGUUGCAGAAAUGGAUAUGCCGCUCCAGACUGCCGGGACUGUGCUAGCGGAUUUUUUGGUGCAGAGUGCAAGCGAACGUGUGAGCCGUGCCUUAACGACGGUCACUGUGACUCGGGAUUAAUGGGCACAGGCAAAUGUAUCUGCCCGGAAGGAUUUGACCCGGACACCCGAUGUGCCACUUGCUUGCCUGGCUUCUUUGGGGAGAAAUGCAAGCGAUGCCCCGACUGCAACUUCCCUCACGGAAACUGCGACGAUGGUUUGAUGGGCAGCGGCCGCUGCUCAUGCGCUGUAGGCUUUGACGCGGACAAUAACUGCAUGGAAUGCAUGGGCUCCUUUUUCGGACCAACCUGCCAGCCAUGUAAGCCAUGCGACGGUGGCAAGUGCAACUACGGUCUUCUUGGCGAUGGCGAAUGUGUGUGUUCGGAAGGGUUUUCGUCGGAGUCUCGAUGUCUUGAGUGCGAAGAUGGAUUUUAUGGGCCGUCGUGCACGCCGUGCCGCACGUGUAACAACCAUGGUCGCUGCAACGAUACCAAUGCUGGUGACGGAACAUGCAUUUGCGACGAAGGUUACACCCCUGAAAGCCGAUGCUCGCUGUGUGACGACGGCUGGGACUUUAAUCCCAUGACGAUGUCAUGCCAGUGUGCACCGCAGCACUUCGGCGCUCACUGCAGAUCAUGCCCAAUUUGUGCCCCGCAUGGGCACUGCAACUCGGGAGUAGAUGGUGACGGCCGAUGCAUCUGCGAUGUUGGAUGGUCCGACUCAAACAACUGCGUGGGGUGCAUGAGCGGCUACUAUGGGGAGACCUGCGUGGCUUGUCGUAAGUGUGGCGAAGGGCGUUGUGACGAUGGCUUGCACGGAUCAGGCAAGUGCAAUUGCCACCGAGGCUGGGACUCCCUCACAGACUGUUACGACUGCGAGGAGGGCUUUUUCGGUGAAAAUUGCCAGCAGUGUCCGCAGGAUUGCGGUCAUGGCACGUGCUCGAGUGGGCGCAACGGCACCGGCGAGUGUAUAUGUCACGAGGGCUGGAAACUUGAAGGGAAGCUCCCGUGCACUACGUGCGCGGAAGGAUAUAUCGGACCGACCUGUCAGUUGUGCCCUGGGUACAUGGAGAGCGAAGUUGCUUGCAGCGGUCACGGUCAAUGCGUCAUGUCAGGCACUCAAGCUGUAUGUCACUGCGAUGCUCGCUACGGCGGCGAUGGCUGUGAAUCGUACGAUUUUCCGUUUGCGAUGGUGGCUAUCCUGGGCACCAUUGCACUGUCAACGUUGGGGUUCUGCAUGUGUACGAUGCGCCGUCUUGCUCGCCAGCCACACGCAUUACAGGGGCCAUUCCUAAACCGUGGAAAUAGUUUCUCGCAGUCGGAAUAUGUCGAAAUUUCGGACAUGGCAGAUCUGGAGUACUUUGUCUCCAAUGACAGCCGUGACUGGCUUAUCCCGUUCGACUCGCUCUCCUUGCAGUGCGAGGUAGGCAAUGGAACGUCUGGCCAGGUAUUCCGAAGUCUGCUUCACAGUGGCGGUGGCAGCUCGGUGGUGGCCGUCAAGCGUCUGUACAGCCCCGUGACAGGUCAAGAGUACUUCCAGAGUUUCUUCCGACGUGAAGUCAGCAUCCUAAGUCGCCUGCACCACCCGAACGUUGUGCGCUUUUAUGGAGUGAGCUACUACAACCGUGUGUUGUACAUCGUGACAGACUUUUGUCCGAAAUCGUUGAGCGGGCUCAUCGAGAACCCAGCAGCUAAAGGCCCUCUGGGGGAAGCUGUCUUUAUGAAGGUCAUCAACCAGAUCGUUAGCGGCAUGGGCUUCCUGCACAGUCGAAAUGUGGUACAUCGCGAUUUGAAGCCGGCGAAUGUGCUUAUUUCCGAGACGGACGACGUGAAUAUUUGCGACUUCGGCCUCUCGAGACUUAUUGAGCCUGAUGCUACAACCAUGACAGCAGAGGUUGGCACGCCCAGUUACAUGGCGCCCGAGAUGGCUACCAUGGGUGGCAUCCAAUGCUCUACCAAGGGUGACGUGUACUCCUUCGGUAUUUUGCUGUACUCGACCUGGUCCCGUAGCAAGCCCUACGGCGACCAAGGCAUGAACCCGUUCCAACUGGUAUGCUGCGCUCUGGAUACCCUGUGGUGUGUUUCAAUACUAACUCAUUGAUGUGUUUUGUAGAUGACAGCAGUGGUGAACGGACUUCGACCUGUGAUUCCGAUCAACUGCCCGCCUGCACUAGCUCGGCUCAUGCGCUCGUGCUGGCAUCAAAACCCGGACAUGCGUCCUUCGUUCCCGGAGAUCAGCCAGAUACUGAAGGAUCAGUGGCUGCUGUCCAUGUUCGCCGAGGGCGAGGAGGACUACUACUAUCCGGAGUCGCCUGGACGCGUGCCGUCAUCGCAGCUCAUGUCUGCUUCCUCGUCGCUGUCAACUAUCCCUGCUGCAGCUGCUGGCCACCGCCGCGGCAGUAAGGACAGCGUCAACGCCAUGUCCCCCUUCGCCUCGCCUCGUCACGUCGGUGGCGACGGCUACGGCACCUACAAAGAAGACGGCGAAGUAAAUGACGACGAAGACGCCGGAGAGGAAGACCGCCUUUUGAGCGAGGAGAAGCGGCCACGAUAGAUGCUUAUGACGCCUAAAUAGACAUGUGAACCACAGCAGGUCUUCGCUUACACGUUGGUUGGCAUGAUAUCAGCCCUACCGGAACAGUCUCCGCAUAUUGCGGCCGCGGGCGAGCGGGCGGCGCUUGUAGAACUUGCGGUGCGCCUCGCGCAGGUGGCGCGGCCGGAUCGGCCCCGUCUCGCCGUUCUUCUCCAUGAUCCGUCGCGCCUCGGCCGUGAUCUCCCCGACAAAGACCUUGGUCAUGCCGGCCAUGACGAUGGCCAUCACGUUGGUGACGCUGGGCGCCUUCUUGUCCGUGGCCGAGCACUCGUGGAUAGCCUGCGCCAUGCACUGCAGCAGUAAAUAAUACACGCAUCAACACCGUGUUAGGUAGCUGUCUGGGAGCAGCCUCAGAACGGCUGCGACCUAUGGUUCUGUUACCCGCUUGACGGCGCCGCGCUCGAAGUGCGAGCGGCGGAACUGCUCGUGGCGUCGGGCCUCAGCCUCCGGCAGACUCUGCAUCAUGCGCAGCAUGGAGGCGCUGUCCGAGAGCUCGACCUUCUCAUCGUCGCUGUCCACGUCGUCGUCUUCGUCUUCGUCCUCCUCCUCCUCCUCCUCGUCCGCCGUGCUCUCCUGCGGGUCGUCGUCCGUCGUCACGUCUCCGUGCCGAGCCACGAGCGACUUGCUCUCGUCCUCGUCCUCCGUGUCCUGCGACGCGCUCGGCAGCGCCAUAUCGACGUCCUCGGUCUUGGCGUCGGCGUCGGCCAUGCAGAAGUUUUUUAGCUCAACAAAAGAGCAAUUGUGUUGAAUCAAACAUCAAAAUUCAAUUUUAAAUCAAAUAUAAGUAAUUGGCUUAAAUUCAAUUGUGUGUUUAAACUGUAAUGACACAAUUUUUAAUUGUUUUCAAGAAAGCUCCACCCAAAACACGAAUGCGACUCAAGCCACCACCGAUGGCGUGAGAUUCACUUCCGGUGAUAUUAUGCUUAUACGGUGCGAUCGACCUGUGUGGGCAUGCUAUCCACCUUGUCGUGAUAACGUGUAAAAAAAAGGCAUCGCAACGUGCUCGAAGGCUAGCCGAGUGGUGGUCCUUUUAAGGACCGCUUAAAAGCAAUUUUAAUUAUUAAAUUAAAAUUGGUUUUGCUCUUAGGUUGUUGAACAUGAGAUACUCCCAGUGGGUUGGUCGCCUUACCUGUAGCUUGACUCGUUCAGAGCUAUGAUAACAGUUCGUUAGGAUUUUUGUGGCUACUUCUCAAGCGUAUAACGGCAAUGUAUUUGCGUUCCCGUUUCCAGCCGCUGCGGUGUGCCCAAUUGGCCUUUUGCUGUUCGACAUUUCCGUCAAGCACUUGACCCUGGCAUCUCCUGACAUGGCAUGACGCGCAGAACGCACUUUAUUACAGCACAAUGCUUGCGAGGACUAUUGCUGUUCCUCGGCAUUUUGAGGCGGCGGCGGGCUGUCUCGCGCGUCGGGUGCACUGCCGGCGCCUUCUUUGCUUCCUUCACCGUCCAUUUCCCGCUGCUCCUUGCGCUUUGCGUACUCGAGCAGCCCCAGCAUAAUCUGCUGCCGGUGCUCCUCGAUCUCCACCAUGCGCGUCAAAGCCACUUCCUCGCGACGACGCAUUUCCGUCGCCUCCAGAGCGAUUGUCGCAGCGGCAGCCAGAAUCGGCUCGGCCGCUGCCGCAUCCGAAGUGGCUUGCAGCUGACCGAGGAGCUCUCCCAGCUUGUCUGCGAGCUUGUCAACGGCCUUCGCAAGCGCUGGGUCGUGUACUUGCACCGGGUUUUGCUUGGUCCCUGAUGGAGACAGCAAAACCGUCAGUUGACUGAGUACCUUAAUUACCGGCGAAAGAGUGGACCCACCUGCUCCU